UCCGUCCCCAGUGAGAGAUAACAAGGAAGAAAAAGGCUGAUAAUGUGGUAACAUGUGUAUGCUUUUUAGAAAGAGAUAGAGAAGAAGGAACUUAGUAUCAGCAAGACGGAUCGAUCAAAUAUGGCUGGUUACGUUGGAAUCUUAGUAUCAGAUCCAUGGUUACAGAAUCAAUUCACGCAGGCCGAGCUUCGAAGCUUGAAAUCUCAUUUUAUGACGAUGAGGAAAGAGAACGGUCGUCUUAUUUUAAGAAAUUUACCGGAAAUGAUGUCGAGGUUGAAGCAUGUUGGAGAGAUCCUUACGGAGGAAGAGAGAGUUUCAUUUCUUCAAGAAUCGUACCAAAACUUGGACGAUGACGUUGAUUUCGAGCUAUUUCUUAUGGUAUAUCUGAAUUUUCAAGCCCACGCAACUGCAAAAUUAGGUAGUGGAACAAAGCAUGCCACUGCAUUCCUUAAAUCCCCUACUUCUGCCCUGCUUCACACAAUUAGUGCAUCUGAGAAGUCUUCAUAUGUGGCACAUAUCAAUAACUAUCUUGCUGGAGAUGAGUUCUUAAAGAAGAAUAUUCCUAUAGACCCAUCAUCUAAUGAUCUCUUUGAAAUUGUUAAAGAUGGAGUUCUACUCUGCAAGCUUAUUAAUGUGGCGGUUCCUGGUACAAUUGAUGAACGGGCAAUCAACACUAAGUCGUUAUUGAAUCCAUGGGAAAGGAAUGAGAAUCACACUCUCUGCCUCAAUUCUGCCAAGGCUAUUGGAUGUACUGUCGUUAAUAUUGGAACACAGGAUUUUAUCGAAGGGAGGAGGCAUCUUGUGCUUGGAUUGAUAUCACAAAUCAUCAAGAUACAAUUGCUUGCAAACCUCAAUUUAAAGAAAACACCUCAACUGGUGGAGUUGGUCGAUGACUGUAAGGAUGUGGAGGAGCUGAUGAAUUUACCACCAGAAAAGAUUUUGCUUAGGUGGAUGAACUUUCAAUUGAAAAAGACAGUAUACAAGAAGACAGUCACCAAUUUUUCUUCAGAUGUAAAGGAUUCAGAGGCUUAUGCUCACCUAUUAAACGUCCUUGCUCCGGAGCAUACUAAUCCAUCUAUUUUUUCUCUAAAAGAUCCUCUACAACGUGCAAAACUAGUUCUUGAACAUGCUGAUAAGAUGGGUUGCAAGAGAUACUUAACUUCCAGAGAUAUUAUUGAAGGAUCCCCAAAUCUUAAUCUUGCAUUUGUUGCACAUAUAUUUCAACAUAGGAAUGGCCUCUCAACACAAACAAAGCAGGUGUCUUUCCUUGAAACUUUACCUGAAGAUGACCAGGUGUCUAGAGAAGAGAAGGCAUUCCGGCUUUGGCUAAAUAGUCUAGGAAACUCAUCCUACAUUGACAAUGUUUUCGAAGAUCUGAGAAAUGGGUGGAUUCUUUUGGAGACUCUUGACAAGGUUUCACCAGGGAUUGUUAAUUGGAAGAUUGCUAGUAAACCUCCAAUUAAAAUGCCAUUUAGAAAAGUAGAAAACUGCAAUCAAGUUGUCAAGAUUGGGAAACAAUUGAAGUUUUCUUUAGUAAAUAUUGCUGGGAAUGAUAUUGUUCAAGGAAACAAGAAACUAAUACUGGCUUAUCUAUGGCAACUAAUGCGAUUCAACAUGCUUCAACUACUGAAAAUUCUGAGAUUCCAUUCAUAUGGGAAGGAGAUCACUGAUGCUAAUAUUUUAGAGUGGGCUAAUGCUAAAGUUAAGACAUCAGGAAGACAUGGGCGCAUGAGUAGUUUUAAGGAUAAGAGUUUGUCAGACGGUAUUUUCUUUCUUGAGCUACUUAGUUCUGUAGAACCUCGAGCUGUUAAUUGGACCCUUGUUACCAAAGGAGAAACAGAUGAGGAGAAAAAAAUGAAUGCUUCCUAUAUCAUCAGCAUUGCUAGGAAACUAGGAUGUUCCAUUUUUUUGCUGCCUGAAGACAUCACCGAGGUGAACCAAAAGAUGAUGCUUACACUUACAGCGAGUAUAAUGUAUUGGUUCUUAAAACAACCGGCAGAAGAAGUCAGGCCAGGCGCGGCCUCUGACAGCGAGAGCGUGGGCUUGUCCGAGACAGCCUCGAACUCAGCAGCCGACGACACUUCUUCUGAAUCAUCAGCAGAUGAGAAUGUGAAUAGAUGAUGAACAAACCAUGAUUAAAAAAAUGGUUGAAUUUCUUGCCAACAGGUAUUAUUAUUUUUAUUUGUUCUUGUUAUUUUGAUUAGUUUGAUAUAAUUAUUUUUUUUGGGGUUAGUAAUUAGUAUGCAAAACUUUUAUAAGGAGUGAGGGUUUGUUGUGCAAUUUGCUUCAUUUUUUUUUCAGGCUGCUGGAAAUAAUGUAAUCUUGUAUACAAAUGAAUUGAAAAAAACCUCUCAUUUCUUAAAUGUAAGUUUAUUUAUUAAAAA